AUGAUUGCGAAUAUAAUUUUCAACUUACUUUUAAAAGAAGAUAUAGUUCCAACAGCUGUUUUGCUAAUAGACCAAAAUAAUACAAAAGACUUUAAUAUCUUUACAACGGUAUUAAAUGCUGAAGCCCCAAAGUCGAUUGCAUGUAGAAGAGUAGUAAAAGAAAAUGGGAUAUAUAACGAAACCGCAUUUUUAGGUAACAAGUUUCAAACAAUUAGAGCUAAAUUAGUCCCCUUUCCUCCUUUUGUUAUAUACAAUGGUAGCUCAUUUGACAUAAAUCAUCCAGGAACAGAGGUGAAGCUGUUACGAACACUAGCACAAACCUGUAACCUUAAUGUGGAAUACUAUUUAUCUGAUCCUAAACAUACUAGAGGAAAUGUUUUCGAUAACGGAACUCUAACAAAAGAAUUUAAAGAGUUGCAUGAGAAUAAAUACGAUGUACUUUUGGGUGGACGUAUUAUUACAUAUCCCAGAGCACUGUACUUAAAUCCUAGCCCUUCCUACUGCACCGAUGAGUUGGUAUGGUGUGUUCCAAACAGGCAAUAUUACAAAUAUAACAUAAACAUUCAAAUAGCAGUACUUCUUAUUGGCCUACUAAUACUUGUAAUCUUAGUAGUUUUUAUUUGGUACGCUAACAGAAGCAAAGAACCAAGAUUGAAGUUUGGUACAUCUGUAGAAGGAAUCAUCCUAAAUAGCUUUUCCAUAUGUUUAUUUGUUGCUAUUCCACGUCUGCCAAAAACUGACAGAUCAAGAUACUUGGUUGGUUUGUUAAUUCUUUUUGCAUUUUUUUGCACUACAAUGUUCACUACGACUAUAACAAGUUUAUUUAUAGGAAAAGUACCAUCACAAAAGUUUGAUUCGAUGGGAAGAAUAUACAAGAGCAAUUUAAAAACUUAUUAUACAACAAAUACUUUCCGCCACUUCACUGAUAUAUUGAUUCCAGGAAUAUCCAAAGAGGAACUAGUAAAGAGAAAAAUUGAUUGCCAAGAUACUCUGAAGUGCUUGAAGGGCAUUGCAGAAGAAGAUUCGGCUGUAGCGGUCUUAAAAAACAAUGUGAAAUAUUUACUAAAUACGAAAAAUGUUGAACGAACUUCGAUUUAUUGUUUUCAUUUUAAAUGUGGCAGAUCGGUGGGCCUUAUAAUGAGGAAAGGCUUCAGGCACGCAGAUAAGUUUAAUAAAAUUAUCCACGUAUUGCUGUCUAUGGGAAUAGUUCAAAAAUGGUAUCACGAGGUUUUUUGGAACAACCAUCGUGAAACUAACCUAGAUGUUCAGAAACUUAACCUAGAAGAACUUUCUGUAGUGUUUUAUAUUCUAAUAUUUGGUUACAGCUGUUCAUUUCUAAUGUUCGUCUGCGAAAUUUUCACAUGA